CACCGACUUUGUAAACCCGCGCGCAGCUCGAGUUUCAAUCAAUCAGCUCACCUCUGUCUGUGCUAUCGGACGCAGGAUUAGAUAAGCAAAGUAUCUCAUUAUUUACAGCCUCUCAACAUUGGAAGCAGUCUUUUCUUUCAGCUGUAAGAUGACUCUGGCAAGGGCGGUUUGUUUCCUCGCACUAUGUGCACUCGCUGCAGGCCUCACUUUCAAGGGCGAGACUGGUCGUGUUGAAGAAUUUAAGAAAGCCUUUGCAUACGGAGAGGUUGUGAAAGCAACGCCAUUGCAAUAUCCCAACUUCGAAUCAAUGCCUAGCGAACAGCCGAUAAUGGGCUUCACCGUCACACUUAAGGGAGUAUCCGACGCAGUAAAAGAAACGUACAUGGUUGAAAUCAACGCCACGACCAUGAAGAUCUACGUGCCCUCAGCAAAACCGCCAUCCCCAGAGGAAAUCCGCAUCCCUGACAAUGAUGAUGUUGAAAAUAUCCGAGUUUACUUCGCUAAUGAAGAGGGAAGAAUGUUGGAAGUACGUUUCAACAGAUUCCAACAAAGUUUGGUUCGUUUGUGGAAGCAUCCUUACGGGAUGCUGCGAGAUGACGGAUCAGUUAACUUUGUAAGCACUGUGACAACGGGAGAUAGGUACUCAAUGAUCGUCAGAGUGCCAGCGGAACUAAUGCCUGCUAAUGUGACACGGGUGCACGGCGUGGUUGUCGACCCUACGCAGGAGGGUGGUUUCAAGUACUUUUCCCACUACAGGCUCUACAACUACCCCAUCGCCUAUGACUGGAACAUGAUGGUCUACCAGAUGUUCAAAGAAGUUACCAUCUACGCACUAGUACCUGAAUCCAUCAACAAGAUUUACAGCACCUGGUGGGAUGGUCUUACUAAAUAAUUUGAGAUGUAUGAGAUUUCCAUUUGUUUUCUCAAUUGCACUUAAUAUAUAGAAGUGUUCAACUGAAGCAAUAAAAACGACUUUUUUUAGUGA